AUGUCUGCUGGAUUCCAGGGCUCGGCUUGGGACGCCACUGACAUGAGCACGCCCCGGCCGCGACAAAAGCGAGCACAGGUGGUCAGAGCCUGCGAUGCGUGUCGAAGGCACCGCAUCAAAUGCGACAACCAGAUUCCAUGCCUCAACUGCAAAAGCAGAGGGGGCGAAUGCAGCAACGCUGCCGUCACGCCCAUCAUACUUCCUAGCGCCUAUCGAGAAAUCGAGCGUCUACGACAGAAGGUCCAGGAGCUAGAAAGGGAGCUUCAACAUGAGCGCAGUAAGGCUGCAGUUGGGCUGGAAGGUCAGACUCACGGAUUAGCGACACCACACUCCUCAAAGACUACUUCCUCCCAGUCUCACUCCCAGUCUCAGUCACAAUCGCAAGUAAUUGACUCCGCUUACGGGAGUCCACGAGGGUCCUGGGACGGGAUCAACAUUCGCACUGCACGCUCCACUGGCGAGACCUGGUAUGGGCCAUCGUCACUAUUCUACUUCAUCGGACGGAUUUCAAGCUAUCUAAGUUCGACCUAUCAACAAACCCAUUCUUCUGAUCAAAUGCUGGAUCUCAAUCCACCCAGUACUUUGCUCGAUGGCCCAAUCACUGCUGACUCUUCAAACACCGUCGACCGACGCUUGCCAUCUCAAGCAGGAGACAGAGCCCAAGAAGCCAAUUUCCUGAGUCCCAUGCAAGAAGAGUACUUCCUUGACCUCUACUGGCAAUCAUACCAUACCGCUCUAGCUCCCGUUCUCAACGAAGCCGAGUUCAAAGAGCACUAUCGGUCUUUGUGGGUGACGGGCGGAGAUUCCAGGAGCGCAUCCGCGCUUGUGGACAUCGUGGUUGCACUGGGAAUGCAGUACGGAGGCUCAAUGCUGCCGACCACAAGGCAACAGUAUGUGGUGGGCAACGACAAGGAUGCCACCGUUGCUGGUCGCUGGUAUUAUCUUCGCUGCCAACGGCUUCUGGAAUAUGAUUUGGAAAGUCCAUCCAUCUCGACGCUGCAAUGCCAAAUCCUAUGUGCUGUUUAUCUCUGCUGCGGGACUUUCCAGAAUAUGGCAGACAACUUCGCCGGCGGCGCUGUCCGAACAGCAUAUAUGCUUGGCCUCCAUUUGGAACCCCCUGCGACGAUGUCACCGCAGGAGCGGGAGACCCGAAAGCGAUUGUGGUGGACCGUGUAUCUGCUGGAGAGUAAGCUCGGCAUGAAACUUGGUCGCCCGUUUCUCUUGCGCGAGUCCAAUGCCACACCGGCCCUCCCGGACCAUGGGCUUGACGCUGCCAUGCACUCAGGCUCCAACUUCGCUCCCCUGGGAGGGAACCUCACAUGGCUGAGUUUCAACGUCGAACAUACGAAGCUUUUCAUGGCAGCUCGGUCCGCCUAUACCGCAUUCUACGACAACGACUUGCACUCCGCCAACGGCCAGUCUAUGUGGACAGACCUGCCAUCCUUGGAAGCCCAUGCCGAGCUCCUAAGCAGGCAUAUGAAAGGCCUGGAAGAAUGGGCCAAUGCGGUUCCGAGCGCUUUAACGACAGCGCGGAAGAACAACGGCCGUCCUUUCUCCACUGACGAGCCUACUCUACUAGACGUCGACCCCUUCGCGCCACUCUGGCUCCAGCGCCAACGGUUACUUCUAGAAAUGAUCUACCAUAACCUGUGCAUGAAUCUCUAUCGGCCCUUCAUCUUCUUUGGGACGGCCCCCCACUCAAUUCUUGCAGAACAGAACGCCGUCAAAUGUGCGCUGCACGCCAUCACCCUUACCAAAAUCACGCACCAGGCGCUUUCCACGACCACUAUCCUACAUGGAUGGCAUGAAGCCUUUCAGUGGCAAUGGAACGCCGCCAUGACACUUGUCGGCUAUGUUCUUGCCUACCCUCGAGGUGCGACGCUAGCGGCUGCCAGAGACGCCAUCAACCUCUGUCUUGAAGUGUUUGAUAUCUUUGGCAACAGCUUCACGGUUGCAAUAAGUGCAGCGACCAUCGUGCGCAAACUUAUCACGAAGAUCGACUUCCUCGUGCAGCCGACUGCUGGGAGACAGAUCCCCUUGGAAAACACCGAGGCAGAACGACUGGCGUCCGUGACGGGGUUCCGAGAAUCAAAUCCAGAGCGAUCACUUACUGAAGGCUCCUUCAUGGCAAGUUCGACGGACAGCGAUGUAGUCUUGGAUGAUGCUACGACCGCGUCGUUGCAGGACACAUUCAACAUGGCUUUUGGGGUUGAUCAGUGGGCAGACCUCAAUAUGCUUUGGCCAAGUCUGGAUGAUGGGUUUCUCAAUACACAAGGCCUUGGUGGCGGAAUGUGA